UGCUAUAAAAGCGGUCACAAUCCUCUGGCCAAGUCAUUCCAGUUGCACAGCCUGCUGGUGAAACAGCAGCGAACUAAAUCUUCUAACUUUUUUUUCUUGUGUACCUGAGACUAAACAGUAUUUGCGACCAAUGAUGAUGAGGCUUCGGCUCAGCGUCCUGCUCCUGCUGCUCCACCUUGGCUGUCUGACCUUGGCACUGGCAAGCAGUAGGAUAUCCUGCGGCAGCUCCAUCUGCGGUGGCCGCCGCUGGGAUGUCCACCAUCGGCUGGAUGACUACGACGAGCACAUGGUCUACAGACAGAGCACAGUGCCGGUGGAGUCAGUGGCACGCGAUGAUCGUGGGAACGAGAGGCGCGAGGAAACGACUGUCAGGUUUGACUCAUCUCCUCGUGAAACUCGUGAGGAGCGAGUAGAGCGACGGGAAGCUCAUGAUGAGCGGGUAGAACCACGUGAAACUCGUGAAGAGCGAGUAGAGCGGCGGCUUGUUCGCGAUGAGCGAGUACAGCGAAGAGAAGCUCGGAAUGAACGAGUACUGCAAACUGAAACUCGUGAUGAGCGAGUACAGCGAAGUGAAGCUCGUGAGGAGCGUGUAGAACGCCGUGACAAUCGUGAAGAGCGACGUGAGAGUCGGGAUGAGCGAGUACAGCAACGUGAAGAUCGUGAGGAACGAAUGAAUCCACGGGAAGUUCAUGAAAAGCGAGUAGAGCCUCGUGAAAAUCGUGAAGAACGCCGUGAGUCUCGUGAAAAUGGCGCAGAACGACGUGUGGUUCGUGAAGAGAAAGUAGAGCGGCGUGAAAUGCGUGUUGCACGCAAUGAACCUCGGGAAGCUCAAAUGGAUCGCGUGGACCGACGGGAGGAUCAAGAAUUCAACAAGCGACUGGUCGAAACUCGUCGGGAAACAGCAGACGAGAGAAUUGGUGAACGCCGAGUACUCCGUGAAAUUUCCAGACGUGAAGAACGCGAUAAUCGUAUUGAUGCCCGAGACAAUCGUCGUGGCGACAGAGCUAACGUAGAAACGGAACUCUCCAGGCGUAUGGAACGUGGACCAGUUGAGCGAGCUGAACGAGAAUCUGAGCAGCGGAUGGAGCGAAACAAUCUUCGGCGAACAGAGCGAGACAUUCGCGUGCAAGAUGAACAACCAGAAGAACGACGAUUCGAACGAAACUCUGCCAGACGCGAAGAGCGAGAGAACCGCGUUCGAUUUGAAAUUCGUCGAUUGAGCGAAUCACGCGAUAAUCUUCGCAGGGAAGUUCGCGAAAAUGAUCGCCGAGAAGAACGUAGUGAUCUCCGGCGGGAGGAACGAGACUCAGCCAGGCGGGAGGAGCGUGAGGAAAGCCGUAGGGACGAAGGUCUCGACAGGCACAACAUGCAGCGAGUGGAACGUGUAGACCUUCGUCGACAAGAACGACGCAUCGAGGAAUCCACUGAUAGGGAUAUGUCCAGACGACAGGUUGAAAGUGAAUCUCUUCGAAGUGAUCGUGGUGUAGAGCUAGACAAUCUGCAAAGGGUUGGAGUUGAGCGAGCAGAAGCCAGGCAAUCACAAAUCCGCCGCGUUGAACGGAGAGCAGAACGUGAAGAAGUACGAAGGGAAGAACGUGUAGCAGAGCGCAGGGUGGAGCAAAGCGAGGAGGAAGAUCUCUCAAGGGUCGAACGUAUUUCCGUCAGGCGGGUGGAAGAACUACGAGAGGAGCGAGAAAACCAAAGGGGAGAGGAACGCGAGGAUAUUCGACGUGUGGAUCGAAGAGAAGAACAAGAAGUGAGGCGGGAAAUGAACGAGCGACGAGAGGAACGAGAAGACACUCGUCGAGUAGAACGCUAUAACCUACGAAGAGUCGAGCGAGAUGUUGAAAGAAGAGAGGAACGUGAAGACACUCGUCGAGAGAGAGAGGAAGUAGCAACUCCACAAAGGGAGGAUCGAGUGGACCGUGAUGAUUUGCGAAGAGAAGAGCGAACAGUUCAAAGGCGUGUGGACAGAGAUUUCCAACCAGUGGGACGUGAAUCUUCCAGGCGCGAGAUCCGUGAGCCUUUGGAGGAGCGUGAACUUCUGGCUACCCAAGUUAAAUCCAAGGGCUGGUUGAGCUACGGCAAGCGAGAGCUUCUGAUGACCGGACAGAUUCUCCUCCUGGCAGCGCUCUACAAGAAGUCAACAGCCAGUGGCAAGGGAUUUGGCCAUGCUUUGAAUGAGCAAAUUCAGGGCUAUCUGCAGGCCAUCGGCUGCUAGGCUUCUAAUCCCCAACUUGAUAGAACCAAAAACGAGUAAAUGGAUAUGGCACGACUAACCCCGGAAAAUGCAAACGGACCCGAAGGCGAGCAACGAGCAGAAGGAUGGGACAUAAUGCUCCGCAUGAGCAUUGCACAAUUUAAUCCAACUGUUACUGUAACCAAAAUCCUUUUUCUCCUGUUAUAGCCGACAAAAGCAUAACGAAAAUAUAUGAUGGGAUGCUCUCGAGUAGUCGAGCAUCUGCAAACUGCAUUGCAA